GCGGCCGUCCCGGUCCCGGUCCCGGUCCCGGUCCCGGUCCCGGUCCCGGGGGGCCGGCCCGCUCCGCUCCGCUCCGCUCCGCUCCUGCCCUUGAGCGGGUCGGGGCUCGCAGGCGGCCCCUGGCUGUGCCCGCGGCCCGGCCGCCUCCUCCCUCUUGGCAGCGCCAGGGUCUCCGUCCCGGUGUCCCCUCCCCGGGGGGGCGCGGGCCGCGGUACCCCGCCUCCAGUGCCGCCGGGUCCCCCCGAAGCGGCGGUGGCUGCGGCAGGGCCGGGCGGGUGACCCUUCUCCAGGGUGACCCUUGCUCCGCCGCACCCAGGCGUCCCGGCAGCGGCGGGAGCCUUUGACCCGGAGGCGGAGGGGAGCGGCGGGGGCGACCAUGGCCGAGUUCGGGCGGCAGCGGGGCAAGCGGCAGGAGGACGGCGGGCUGGGCAGCGUCCUCGACCUGCUGUUGGCCAACGCCAGGCUGGUGCUGGGAGUCACCGGCGCGGCCGUGCUCGCCAUCGCUACGCUGGCCGUCAAGCGGCUGAUCGACCGAGCCACCAGCCCUCGCGACGAAGGCGAUCCCAAAGCCGAGCAGAAGACCCUGGAGGAGAGCUGGCAGGACUUGGCCUUGAUCAAGGCGAUGCCAAAACCCCCCAAGAAGCAGAGAAGGGAAGACCUCAGCGAGCCUCUGCUCUCUCCGUCUCGGCCACUGGUGCCAGAGCCCAGGGUCUGCUCUGCUCCUCCAGAGACCCCUCGGGUCGAAUCCAGCCCUCUGCGCUGUCUCACGCUGCAGGAGAAGCUCCUCUCCCACUACAGCAGCCAGCUGGCCGUGCCCAAGGCGCAAGUGUCCCUCGCCCUGCAGCUGGCCAGGAGCAUCUGCACCCAACUGCAGAACUUCCUACGGAACAAGUGCCCGGAGCUGCCCUUCGGCAGCCUCUUCCUCAGCGGUCCCCUGCUCGAUGGCCUUGAGUCUCUCACAGCCGACCACAUCCACCUCAUGCUGCCGGUGGUCCUUGAUGCCACGCUCUGGAGCCUCAUCCCAGGAGAGGACACUGUGGUGAGGAACCCCCAGUACUGGAUGAUCAAGAGGACCGAUCUGGAGUAUUUCCCUCGUGGGUGUAGCCCCUGGGACAGGUUCAUUGUGGGUCGGUACCUCUCCUCCAACGCGCUCAACGAGACCCUCCACAAGAUGCUGGUGGCCUCCAUCAACUGGCCUGCCAUAGGCAGCCUGCUGGGGACCGUCAUCCACCCAGUCGUUGCCUCCCAGGAGCUGAAGCUGGAAGUCAAACAUGAUCAGGUUGAGCUGAGCAUCACCCUCUUCCCGGUGGUGGAACUGGAGGACAAGGUUCUUCUGGCUGCUCCUCCUGAAGGACUGGUGGAAAACCUCUGGCUUGAGAGCUUUUACAGGGCAGAGGUCUCGAAGGUGAAGGAGCUGGAUGCUGGUGACUCCGGGGCUCGGCAGCACUGCCUCUGCAUCCUGAACGGCGUCUGCAAGAGCCAUCCCACCCUGCACAAACUGAGCGGCAGCCCCUUGACCCACGUUGUCCUUCACCUCAGUGCCACCAGUUCAGACUGGGCAGAAGAAAGCCUUGCUGACAGGUUCCAGCAGGUGCUUGAGGAGCUGGUAGGCUACCUGGAGAAAGGGGUCCUGCCUUGCUAUUUCAACCACAAAAUCAACCUUUUCUGCGAGCUGUUGGAGGAUGAAAUCGAUGAGAUGGGCUUCAUGCUCUACAGGGCCAUAUCUGAGCCGGAGCUCCUGCUGGAGGAGAAAUGAUCGGUGUGUCGGGAACUCCUGAACAUAGGGUGUUCCUCACCCAUCUGCUGCUCCCCGCUGUGAGGGUUGCGAUGCUUCUAGUUGACUAGUCGGUAAGAGGCAAAGUUCUUGCACUUUAUGAGAAAAAAAAAAAAUAAUUUCCUGUCUGAAUAAAAGGUGCCUGAGCAGAGGUGGGUGUUGGCGUAAGGAGCCUUUGGCUGGGGGGGCUCUGCCGAACCCAGGACGAGUGCAGCCCGCACCUCAAGUACCCACAGGUGAGUCCUGUCCGCUGGGAGCUGACGUGAAGCAUGUUUGGUCUCCGGUUCCCAGUGUCCUCUGCCUGUCCCAGCCUGCUGUCGCAGCUCUCGGCCUCCCCUCACGCUCCGAGACCAGCUGGAGGGGAGCGAUUCCUCGCUGCUGCUGUGUCCUGCAGACCCCACGGGGUGCAGUGUCCCCUUGGACACUUGGUCUUACUGUGCCAUGCCCUCCGCCAGCUUUUGGGACAGGGUGUGAGCCUCAUCCGUCUGCAGGAUAUUGCCCGAGCGAUGACCUGGGUGGUUGUCUGGGCACUUGAAGGUACAGCCGUAGCGAGCAGGGCGUUGGGUUUAUUCUUUGGAAACCUUUUCAGCUGCCAAAAGGGGCAAGCUCAGCCCUGCCUCUUCCUUCUGCCAGUAUCGGCUCUGCCCCGAGGAAGGGGCGCGCUUCCAGCACGGUGCCGGGGCUUCGUGGCCCUUGUCCCAUGCGGUGUUUUGCUGGAAGAUGUCCUGAAAAAGGCAGUGGCAGGAAGAGAGCUGCUGACUCCCAAGAGGCUCCUGGUAUCGGUCCCUUGGUGGAGGCUGCAGCAGGGCUGUGCAUCCCCUUCCAGUCUGUCCAGUGACCUUCUCACACAUGUAUUGCUGCUGUCUUGAGGUCCCGUUCCCCCGGAGCUGCGUGGUACGGGGCAGGAAAGUAGGACAGGGAUGACGCUCUGAGCAGAGCGCUUGCAGGAACUGAAGUGGUUUAUGCUUUUUAUUAAGAAGAUAUGUUUUGUUUGGGUGUUUUGUUUUGUUUUUCCUUUGAGUGGCUGCUAGUAGGCUUUGGUUCUGGCUGUAGUCCCAGAGCGAAGCAAUAUAUUCUUAUAUUUAAUGGGAGGAGAUGUUUUUUGCACACUGGUGGAGAUGGAGAAAUCCUGCGGACUUCAAUGUGAGCAGCUGUUGUGGUUUAGUUUUGUUUACAGCUAUCAUCUUGUUUAUGGGAGGGGAAAAAAAACCCAACAACCUGUGCUUUUCCUCCCAGUCUGAAGAUUACUUAGUUUGUCCCUCCAACCCACUUCUCGGGUGUCAGCGAUGAGAAUAAACCUUCCCUGUGUAUACUGGU